AUGGUGCGGGUUACGGAGCAUCGCAGAGCCAGUGUGUAUCCAUCCUCUCCACUCACAUCUGGGGACACAUCUGACAUUCAUGUCUCCAUAAAUCCUGUCACACAAAGCAGGGGAAAAGCAAUGGACCUCCACAAAAUCAUCCACAAUGCGCUGCACGAGUUUAUUCAGACUUACAUCCCUGAUGCAGACCUCAGCACACUGGAUGAUGUUCUCCUGUCUUACAUAACUGGAGUCCUGGAGGAUCUUGGCUCACAGCAGAGUGUUGAGGAGAACUUUGAUGUGGAGGUCUUCACAGAGAUGCUGGAGGCUUACAUUCCGGGCUUUGCUGAAAUAGACAGCGUGAAAGUCUGUGAAAUGAUGUUCAGUUUAGCUUCAAAGCUUGCGACUGCUCGGACCUCAGCUGAUGACGAAAAUGAUGCGCCGAAGGAAACAACUGCAGAACUGACAUUGAAAGUGGCCAAGAUGCCCAACGAGCCCCAACCAGGAAUAGAAACGCAGUGCCUUAAAACACCGACAGAGGGCGCCACUGCCAAGCUGCCAGUGUCUGAGUGGGAGGCUCAGGAGCAACACCUGCUCGAGAUGUUUCCCAAGUGCAGUCUGUCCGAGGCCCGCAGCGCGCUGUCUAUUGCCAAAGGAGACAUGGAGGAAGCUGUGCGCCUCAUCAUCGAGGGAGACGUCCAGCUCAGCCCCUCUCCUUUCAAUGUAAACCAUGGGAAAAACAUUUCCUCACAGGCGGACCAGAAGCUUAAAGAGAGCAUCCUUGAAAAGUACAUGCUCGUGGACAGAGAGGAGGAUAACAAGACACAUCGGCCUGUUGCUCCCAAAGAUGCUCCAAAGAAGCUAGUUCGUUACCAUAGCAACCAAGUGGUCACCACCAAAGGUGAGCGGUAUCAGCUCGUGAAGACAAACGAGGCGGAGGACAUGAAGAAGACGUACGUCAAUCUGAAGCCUGCACGGAAGUACAGAUUUCAUUGAUGAGCACAACACUGUAAGAGCAGCUACUGACGAUAUUGUUUACAGUAUUUUUAUUAUUUUUUUUUAUUUAUCAAGUUCAUUUAGCCGUUUGUUUUCUCUCAAGUACAGGAAGAAAUUCAACAGCGUGGUCGUGGCUUUUUUUUGUAAUGAAUAUUAUUACACCAUCAUAUGCCUUGGUUGAAACUUUAAGUUGGACAGUGUUUUGGUUGCAGUACUGUUUAAUCGAGUGAUAUUCCAGUCAUGUUGUGGUAACUUGUGUUUUGGUUCAACAGCCUAACCUAUAAUGUGCUACAGAAGUGUGUACACCCCCCGUGUGUGUAGUAUGUGUGGGAUUAUUCCAAAUUGUAUCAACUGAGGGGAUUCCAGCAUGUCCGGUACAGUGUUUUACUUCACUGUUCUCAUGGGGGAAAUUUAACUUCAGCCCUACAAUGCUGACCUGGCGUUACCUGUGGACUCCCACAAUCAGCAAAUAUGAACAAAAGAAACAGUAAGCAGAGGUAUGAAAGUAUGUAUGGCGACUGUCAUGAAUUUGCUUACUUUUUGAAGAAAAAAAAACUUAUAGGUGCUCCCAUAGAUGAAUUAUUUCUUCUUUUUUUUUUCAAGCAAACAACAGAAAGCAAUUUUAAAAUGCGUACUGUAACUCACAUAAACUCAAUGUAAGGAUACUACAGCGAGUUAAAAAAUCUAUUUUUCCAGAAAACAUGACAGUAUCACUGCUGCUGUAUGGCGUUGCUGUAAAACUAUCUCCAUUUACCAUUGUGCCUG